GACAAGCACUGGAUUCUACAAAAACAUUGUCAAAGUUCAGAAGCAUGUAACAUUUAACCAAGUGAAAGGAAUCUUUGGCUUUACAGACAGUGAUUGCAUUGGAAAGAUAAGCUUUCCGGCUAUUCAAGCUGCUCCAUCCUUCAGUUCAUCAUUUCCACAGAUCUUCAAUGGCAAGGAGAACAUUCAGUGUCUUAUCCCAUGUGCUAUUGAUCAGGAUCCUUAUUUUAGAAUGACCCGGGAUGUAGCACCUAGAAUUGGACAGCCUAAACCAGCCUUACUGCACUCAGUCUUCUUCCCAGCCCUGCAAGGAGCACAGACAAAAAUGAGUGCUAGUGACCCAAACUCCUCCAUCUUCCUUACUGAUACACCCAAACAAAUCAAGACAAAGAUUAACAAGCAUGCCUUCUCGGGAGGCAGAGAUACUAUUGAAGAGCACAGGAAGUACGGAGGUAACUGUGAUGUUGACGUGUCUUUUAUGUACCUAACUUUCUUCCUUGAAGAUGAUGACAGGCUUGAACAACUGAAGCAGGCAUACACAAGCGGGGAAUUGCUCACAGGGGAGCUGAAGAAGGUUCUUAUUGAAACAUUGCAGCCCUUGGUAGCAGCUCAUCAAGAGAGACGGAAGCAGGUCACAGAUGAAAUGGUGAAGCAAUUCAUGACUCCACGGAAGCUAGCUUUUGAAUUUUGAAGAAAUGCUUCUGUAACUUACCACUUGAAAAAACAAAACUGAGUAAUUGUUGUCUUCUGUUACAUGUCAUUACUCCCUAGUUAUGCACAGCCUGCAAUCAGUGCUUUAUAAAUUCUGCUUUUAAUGAGUUAAUUAUGAUGAACGUCAGAGUACAGGAAAAGUUUAAAAUAGGACCUGUAUCCUUGUAUAGGACUUUAAAAUCAGAAUAUACGAGACAGAAUUGCCCCAAUCUUGCAGAAAAGCAUGUCUGUCAGCACAGCACUGUAUUUUAUUGUAUUUCAUGUUGAAAAUAUAAAUAAAACUUUCAUU